AGCGGGAAGGUACAGUCAACGUUUAAUCGUCCAGCAAACAACUAGUUUUAACGCGCUUAUUUUCCAACGUCCCACAACACAGACCUCUAUAAAAAAACAAUCAAAAUGUUCAGAUUGGUGGUGUUGUCCGUUGUCCUGGCCGUUGCCGCUGCUGCUCCUUCCGCAACCGUGGUUGCUUCGGCGCCUGUUGCUUACGCUUCGUAUGCCGCUGUGCCGGCUGUCGUCGCUCACAAGGAAAUCGCCUACCAGAAGAGCAUCAUUGAGGAGCCAGCUAUCGCUCAUGUCAGCAACAUUGAGAGGAAAAUCCCUACUGGAUAUUCGCACCAGAGCUUCACCCAGUACCACAACAAGCAGGUCGCCGAGGAAGUGUUCGCUCCUGCCGUCAAGAAAACCAUCGUCGAAACCCCAGUGGAGAAGACCACCUACCACACCGUGAACACUCCAGCUCUGCACACCACCUACGUCCAGCCUGCUCCGGCCGUGACCUACGCCGCUGCCCCAAUUGCCAAGGCUGCCUACGUUGAGGCCGCUCCUGCGCUGACCUACGCUGCCGCUCCAGCAUACGCAUACGCCGCCGGUCCAGCCUACGGAUAUGCCGCUGCUCCCUACACUUAUGCUGGCAGCUAUCCAUCCGUCUACAGUGGAUACCCAGCCGUGUACGCCAAGCACUGAGCAGAGCACUUGACUGUCAAAACGAAAUUCGGAAUCAUCACACGAGAAGUUAUUUUUCUUUUGUUCGCUUUUUAGAUUGUUUCUGUGAAAGAUGAGAAAAAUACAAACGACUGGAUAGUAUUGUACAUGUAAAA